AUGCAGUCUACGCGCGACAAGGAAGGCGACCGCCCCGUGCGUUUCAGUGCCGCCGAGAGGGCUAACGAUUCGGGCCGGGGCAGCUCAAGUGUGACCGCGGACACCCCGUUUGUGGCCGGUGUAGUCGCCUCGGUGCCGCGUGUGCCUAUCCAGCACCGCCGGACCGUCGUGGCCCGCGCGGCAAGCGCAAGCAGAGGCCGUUGCGAGCAGGAGGCCAGGGCGUCCGCAAUGGUGCCGGUGCUGAUGCUCGCCCGGGGGCAGCCUCUUGCGUAUCGAGCAUGCCAAGUGCUCGGAUAUAACCAGAGACUUUCUCAGGAGAAUGAGGGCUCCAGCGAAUUGAUUGAAGUCGAAUUUGGCCGGCGAUGUUUCUGGGCCUGCUGGCUGUCCACCUGCAUUGUGAUGGAGCCGCAGGCAUACAUCGACUCCGCGUGGAAGGAAGCCGCCAUGCUGCCACUGCCAGGCACUAUUGCCUCUAGCUCCCGAGGCUGGAGAGUGAACCAUAAUCAGGUCAUGGACAAGAAUUGGCACACAAUCUCGGUGCAGCCCAAGUCUGCGACGACGGAUAGUCGACCAGCUACUGCUGCAGGUUCCUUCAUCAAAAUGGUUGGAGUUUGGGCAAAAGUCCAGCUUCUCUGCAAAGACCGCCCGUCAGCAAUCACCACCGGUGAGGUCAAAUCUGUCCAUCACUUCUCACAAUUGGCAACAAUACUCUUCCACGACGCUACUUCUGCUAGACGCUCAACUUCCCAAGAGGAGCAUACGAUUGAAGUCCAGAACCUGCACAUUUUCCACGAUGCCGUGUACCACCAAUGCCAGAUCGUUCUGCACUCUCUGCUUGUUCCCCUCUUCUCCGGCAUCCCCGCCGAUCGCUACAUCGACAACCAUCGUCAGGCACAAGUGCGGGCAGCAGAAACGGUCUUGAAGCAUGCGGACCAAUUCGCGCAGUUAUUGGCGCCCUAUCUUAGCGGUGACGAAGAUGUCUCGCGUUUGCCUCCUCUUGUUGGCUACGGCGCAUUCGUCGUUGGCAUGGUGUUCCUCUCGACAGACGCUGCUCGACGCAACCAAGUUGUGACGGAGACACCGACCAACACAGAUCAACGUACCGACAGAUUACUUGCCGCCAAACAGAUCGUGCAAGUGCUGGACAUCUUGAGGCCUUCCUGGAGACCCGUGCAGCAACCGGCAAGCCAACCAUUGCUAAGAAGUAGGGACGAGGCCCUGUCAAGAACGAGAGACGCACCCGGUCAGACCGAGAGCGUCGGCGGGGCGCACCCUUUUACCCCAGAAGCAGGUAGCAACUUGGGAGAAUAUGCGAUGGGAGCUGGCAAUCCAGCCGCUGGUUCGGUCAGUGAUGCCUCUGCACUAAACGUCGGCUUGAGCGAAGUGGCGGCCGUGCCGUACACCAGAGAGACUGAUCUCUUUACGGACUCCGAAUGGUACGGCAUGUCUCUGGCAGAGGUAGGAGUUGAGCAAUUGGUGGGAUACGAGCCAUCUAGCCUAUUUUUGCAGGGCUGGAAUGCAUUUAGUUGA